AUGGCAGAUUCACGAAAUACAAGUGGUGGAAAUGGUAAUGGUGGCGGAAGACACUUGGAUGCUACGGGGGCUAGGGAAGUGGUUUACUGUCAUCAGUGUGAGAAUGAGUGGUAUCAAGAUGAACAUGGCUUAGUAUGUCCAGCGUGUGAGGGGGAGAUCAUUGAAAUAGUCAAUCCAACUAGCGACCCUCGUGCUGGCAUGAAUAAUUCCCCAGAUAUGUCGCUAUUGCGCGAUCUUCAAAGCCACAAUCCUUGGGCCGACGACUCAGAUCCUGAAGAAGCAGAUAUCGAAGAACAUGUUAUACAUGGCCCAGGUGGCAGUAUUAGAGUUUCGCAAACAAUAAGAGCCGGCGGACCAGGAUCAUCUGGAGGAGGAAUAAAUGGGGGUCGUCGGAGGCGGAGCCCAGGUGGCGAUGGAGGAGAAGAUGAUACAAUGCGAGAUUUCCACAACAUGCUAGGAAAUCUAAUAACUCCGAAUCUAAGAGGAGGUCGUACCGGUCGGUCGGGUGAAGUCGACUUGUUUCCACGCGCCGGAGAGUUUCAUAUGGGUGGUGGUGGAGCUGGCGCCAGAUUUGGUGGAGGUCCAGGGCCUGCUAUUGUGGGUGGUCGUUAUACUUUCGAAGGAAGAUUCGAAAAUGGUCGAUUACGGCCCAGAGAUGCAAACGGUCCCCAGGCUGAGGGAGCACCCGUUGAGGAUUUGGCUACGUAUGCUCCCCUUAAUGAUCCUUUUGUUGAUUUCCGUGAGCUGGUGCGCCUGCGCAGAGCUCGCUCUCCUUUUAUUCCCAAUUUCAUGAACGAGUCUCAGGUUCUACAAAACCCGGAACCCAGACCUUUUCUUCGUUCUCGUCUCGUUCAACUUAUCACUCACUUGUUUACACAAAUGGGUGCGGUGCCCGCGGGAGCUGGAGCAACUGGUGAAGAUGGCGGAGCUCGUCAUGCCGGUAUGGCUCCUCCCGGUGCUAUGGGCUUACCAGGACUUCUUCAAUCACUGUUCAAUCACCCAAAUGCAGUACAUGGCGACGCUGUUUAUUCACAAGAGGCAUUCGAUCAGAUCAUGUCUCAAUUGAUGGAACAGCAUCAGCAAUCCAAUGCACCCGGUCCUGCCCCUCCCGACGCCAUCUCGGCCCUUCCAACGAAAGCUCUUGACGAAAAGAUGCUUGGUCCCGAAGGUAAAGGCGAAUGUAGCGUUUGCAUGGACGACGUAUUUCUUACUACCGAAGUUGUCGUGCUCCCUUGCAAUCACUGGUUUCACGAAACCUGUGCCAGCGCCUGGCUCAGCGAACACAACACCUGUCCUAUCUGUCGCAAAGGCAUCGGAGCCGAAGAAGCAACUUCAUCUCCUCGUCGAGCUAAUACCAGAAGAUCAAGCAAUAACGCCACUAGCAAUUCCCCAAUCCUUCAAUCUCCCAACUCUCCAAGUAGCCGUCGUGCUCGUCUUUCUCGUUUAAACUCGGAACAGAAUGACCGAAUGGCCCGAAACGAAGCUCGAUUGGAAAGUAUCCGAACUGGUAACUUCAUGCCACCUCCUUCGGGAUCUGGGUCAUCACACAGAAGAGAAACGGAGAGGCAAGCAGAAUGGGCACUAGAACGCGCCUUGGAGGAUUCCUUUGCUCCACCUCGAAGCGAACACAUGCCAGGUCAUUUUCCUGGCAGCAGUGAAUCGACACCUACGCCACCAACAUUGGGUAGAAGAGAUUCAGGUAUAGGUUCGAGUACAAAUGAGCAGCGAAGAGGAUUUUCAAGCUCUACGUCGAGUUUUUCAAGAGAGAGACCGAGGAGUGAGAGGAGUGGAAGUGAUAGCUCGGUUAGGAGAGAGGGAAAUGGGAAUGGUGGGUUAAGUGGCUGGUUUAGAGAUCGCUGGAAUAGGAGGCAGGAAUAG